AUGGACUGGACAUUACCCGAUCGACCUCGCAGGCUAGUAACUUAUGGCAAGUCGGCGCACAAUCGAGCGGCGCGAUCCCAAACUUUGCAGUCCCCGAAAGAUCCAAACAGCAAUGGCUUGACAGCGCGACGCUCUAGAGUUGUUACUCCACCCCGCAACUUGCGCGAUACAGCAGAAGACAAUGCGCCUGAACUCAAGUCACCCAGCCGACCAAGCCUGAGGUCGCCAAAACGACGAAAACUCACACCGACCGAUGACGAGGAGGAGGAGGUGGUGACUACUGUGACGAGUCAUCAACAGCGGACCCGGCGUGAUCCUGUGAAAACCACAUACGGGCGCCAUAUACCAGAUGCUACCUAUCUGGCGCAAAGCAUAGAUACCAGGCUCAGUCUAUCGCCAGAUCGUUCCUCCCACCCAUCUACGUCGAAUAACCCCUCUCUCACGCGCAACCAGAGCGAUCUAGGAAUCACUCCAUUACGGCGACGUCUGGUUGAUGCAUUAGGCUCCUUUGACGAGCGUGAAGACGACUCCGAGGCCUCGAACAGUGGGCAUGACUCCCCGCAACAAGCAAUAGACGCCAGACAUUCAAGAGAGACCACCCCGGUGGCCAGUGACUCACAGAGUUCGUACUAUGAUAGUCAAAUAUCGUUAAAGUGGAACCACAAGACUCAAGACAUGAUCGAUGCAUCGCCACAGUCAGCAAGCCCAAAAGUCACCUACGCGCGCCAACGGUCAUUCCUCCGCAAUAUUGAUCUCCAUGGCGAUGCUGGCGAUGAUCCCGCAACAGAUUUCUCAGCUAGCCUACUGUCAAUGCCCUUACAGCCUGUUAUGAAAGACGACACUGAUCCCAGUCAAACCGAAAGCAUGGGAACCAUCAGCAGUAUCCAUGAACUACGUCGAGCAGGAGUGAAUGCUCGGUUUCAAGGGCUUGUCGAUUCCAUUUUUGAAGAUAUAGAGGACCGCUCUGCUUCCGUCCGACGCAGCGGCUUCGUUACGCUAUGUGAGAAAUUACUCGAUGAGAGAUUUGCGCAGCAAUUCGUUGAAAUCAGAGGUUUCGACCGAUUAGCGAAUUUCAUGUCGCCUCAGGUUGAUAAGAUCUCGGCAUUGCUGUCUGUGUAUUCUUGGGCGCUAGUUCUUCGGUUGAAUCACAUUCCUUCCGUCAUUUGGACGAGUGCUUGGUCAAAACUCAUUACCUUGGCAUCUGCGCUGUUGCCCUUGGACGAUAGUGUCACAAAACUUGUUUCACAGCGUGCUUAUUCUCUUUCCAAGGUCAAUCAGGCAGCUAUACGUGAAAUAGCAUCUGAAUUUGGCCGUGUCUCGGGAUUGGAUGAGCGAGAAUGGUCUAGGUUAUCCCCCCGCCGCCUAUUAUUACGUUGUCUAUAUUCGACUAUUCGCAAAGCGCGAGAAAAGGAUAUCGCAGGGACAAUACCAGAGGAAGUCGUGUCUCAUCUGGUUAAGAUUCUGUUAGAACUCACGCGAGAUGCGACUAAUCGUGAUGUUACUGCGGAAAAUUUUGUCCUUAUUGAAAGCAUCAUUACUAUUUUGGAAACAUAUACAACGACCUCGGACAUCACAGGAAAGGCGCAGCAGGAUGUUCUGCUACCUCUGACCGAGUCCAGCCACCUGCUAUCUUCAUUGAGUCGCAAAACCGAUCCCCAGGAUAUCCAGCUCUUGACACUACAUCUCAGACUUAUUCUGAAUAUCACCAAUGCUAGUGCAAGUCUCUGUGAGCAUUUUGCAACGCCUGAAGUAAUACAUGGAUUGACGAUCAUUGUUCUGUCAAAUUACGACACGACUUUCAGAGAUUUCUUUAUCGAUGAGAAGAAGGAUUCGCUGGAUAUUGUUAUUCUCGCACUAGGAGCUCUAAUCAAUUUGACCGAGGUCAGCGAAUCUGCGAGACGGAAUAUCCUGGUCCAGAUGGAAGAAUCUCAAUCACUUCUCGAUCACCUUCUCUCGAUAUUCACCCGGGGUCUAGGCAGCGUAUCCGAGGCUGAUUCAGUGGUCCAAACACACUCGAAUGUCGCGUUUGGAUACCUUUCUAUACUUCUAUGUACCCUCUGCCUUGAACCAGAAGCAUACGGCGUGGUCAAAGCAGCCAUGAAGGGGACGGGCUUGGCGAAAGUGCUGGCCACGGUGGAAGAGUUUCUGCAUUACCAUCGCAAAGUGGACGAAGAGCUCCAGCAGUCGCAGUCGGUCAAGGAGUUUACAGGUCGACUGCAGCGCAUCCUCAAUGAGAUCCACGCGAUCAGCACUUGA